AUGGCCGACAAAGGUCUCGAAGAAGUCCCAGAGUCUCAAAUCGAGUCAAACUACGAUGAAGUCACCGAUUCAUUCGAUGCCAUGGGUCUCAAACCCGAACUUUUGCGCGGAAUUUACGCCUACGGCUUUGAACGUCCAAGCGCCAUCCAGCAGCGUGCAAUCAUGCCGGUGAUCAAAGGAUCGGACGUGAUCGCCCAGGCGCAGUCCGGGACAGGAAAGACGGCUACCUUCAGCAUCUCGUGCUUGCAAAAGAUCGAUCCCAACCUCAAAGCAUGCCAGGCUCUGAUCCUGGCGCCGACGCGUGAGCUGGCGCAGCAAAUCCAAAAGGUGGUUGUGGCGAUCGGAGACUUUAUGAACGUGGAAUGCCACGCAUGCAUCGGAGGAACAAAUGUGCGCGAGGACAUGAAGGCGCUUCAGGACGGCCCACAGGUGGUUGUCGGCACCCCUGGUCGUGUGCACGAUAUGAUCCAGCGCCGGGUGUUGAAGACGGACAGCAUGAAGAUGUUCAUUUUGGACGAGGCUGACGAGAUGCUUUCGCGCGGAUUCACCGAACAAAUCUACGACAUCUUCCAACUCCUUCCCCAAUCCACUCAGGUCGUCCUCUUGUCCGCCACGAUGCCCCAAGACGUUUUGGAGGUCACGACCAAAUUCAUGCGCGAUCCGGUCCGCAUCCUCGUCAAAAAGGCCGAGUUGACAUUGGAGGGUAUCAAACAGUUCUACAUUGCGGUGGAAAAGGAAGAGUGGAAACUCGACACGCUGUCUGAUCUCUACGAGACAGUGACCAUCACACAAGCCGUCAUCUUCUGCAACACGAGAAGAAAGGUCGACUGGCUCACCGACAAGCUCCAGGCUCGUGACUUCACAGUCUCUGCCAUGCAUGGUGACAUGGAGCAGGCUCAGCGUGAUGUGAUCAUGAAGGAGUUCCGAUCAGGAUCCUCGCGAGUGUUGAUUGCCACCGAUCUUUUGGCGCGUGGCAUCGAUGUGCAGCAAGUCUCACUGGUCAUCAACUACGAUCUCCCCGCCAACCGCGAAAACUACAUCCAUCGUAUCGGACGUGGUGGUCGAUUCGGCCGAAAAGGUGUUGCCAUCAACUUUGUCACCGCCGACGAUGUUCGCAUGAUGAGAGAAAUCGAACAAUUCUACAGCACUCAAAUCGAAGAGAUGCCAAUGAACGUUGCUGACCUCAUCUAA